AUACAAAAUCAUUUAAAUCUAAAAACAGCCUGUGUUUUAUUAUGUUUAAAAGCUGGAUUUCUGAAAAAUUGUGAAGUUAAUGAGAACAAUCAACUCGAUAGUAGUGAUAUUGAUAACGAUAAAAUAGAUGAAUAG